AUGUCAGCUCGUCAGGCAGGUGCUACAUCGUUAGGUAUGCAAUCCGAGAACUUCGGUUACUCUCGUGUGCGUCUUCGUCGCAUCAAGAAGCUACAGUUUGGUGUGGUGAAUCCAAACGAGUUGCGUCAAUAUUCGGUUACACAGGCAAUCACAGUGAAUGGUCGCAAGAUCCCAGCUGGAGUUACGCGAUAUGAAACUCAAGUUCAAGGACAGCCAGUCUAUGGUGGGGCCAAUGACCCCCGUUUGGGAAACUUACAUGACAAAUCCGAUCCUGGAUACUUUGGACAUUUGGAACUCGCUAGGCCAGUUUACCAUCAAGGUUUCAUUGAUAUUGUCAUGAAGUCUAUGAGAUGCAUUUGUUAUCACUGCGGUCGUAUUCGUAUGGAUAGUGACGAGUUUAAAUUUCAGAAGUGUACUUCAAUCACCAAACGUGCCAGACGAUUGGAGGCAUUCCACAAUUUACUACGCAACAAGAAAAAGUGUGACCAUUGUCAGGGAAUUCAACCAAAAAUUACCAAGGUUGGUUUGCAUCUUGAAAUAGAACUGCAAGAUCAGACAGCGACGCAUGGCGCGACUGGUGGCGACUCGAAGCAAUUCCUGAGUGGCGAGGCGGUUGUAAAACUGUUUCAAACCAUGCGGGAAGAAGACAUGAAGAUAUUGGGUCUUGAUGUUACUCAUGCUCGCCCUGACUGGCUGCUGUGCCAAGUUUUGCCUGUUCCUCCAUUGCAUGUCAGACCAAGUGUGGUAGUUGGAGGGCAGGCUGCUUCAGAAGACGACCUCACGCACCAGCUUGUAAACGUUAUCAAAUCGAACAUUGCUCUAAGCAAUGCUAUUCAGAAUGGCGAACCAAAUAUAAUUGUAGAACAAUUCGAGCAGGCUCUGCAACACAAUGUUGCUGCUUUCAUGAACAAUGAAUUGCGAGGAAUGCCACAAGUGACGCAGAGAAGUGGUCGUCCUUUGAAAACCAUCCAACAACGCCUCAAGGGGAAAGAAGGACGCAUUCGCGGAAAUCUCAUGGGAAAGCGUGUCGACUUCUCAGGGCGUACAGUCAUCACGGCCGAUCCAAAUCUGGGAAUUCAUCAGGUUGGUGUUCCUCGUUCUGUGGCCAUGAACUUGACGGUGCCAGAAAGGGUAACAGCCUACAACUUGCAACAGCUGAGUCAGUUGGUUGCCAAUGGCCCAACACAGCACCCUGGUGCAAAACACAUCAUUCGCAGUGAUGGUACUCGUAUCGAUCUGCGUUACGUAAAAAAUAAAUCAGAACUGCUGCUAGCCCAUGGUUGGAUUGUCGAGAGACACUUACGCGACGACGAUGUUGUUCUAUUCAACCGGCAGCCAAGUCUACACAAGAUGAGUAUCAUGGGGCACAGAGCGAAAGUUCUUGACUGGUCGACUUUUCGACUGAAUCUCAGUUGUACAUCACCCUACAACGCUGACUUUGAUGGCGACGAAAUGAACCUUCAUGUGCCUCAGUCCCUUCCUGCUAGAGCUGAGGCAGAAUUGAUGAUGCUUUCUCCCAGAGUAAUUGUGAGCGGCCAGUCCAACCGUCCUGUCAUGGGAAUCGUCCAGGAUACCUUGUUAGCAGUGCAGAAAAUGACAAAGCGCAAUUGCUUCAUUUCGAAGGAUUUAUGUUUUAACAUGCUAAUGUGGGUAACUCAAUGGAACGGAAGAAUUCCAAUUCCAGCAAUCAUUAAGCCCCAAGAGUUAUGGAGUGGAAAACAGUUGCUGAGUAUGAUUCUACCGAAUGUCAACUUGAAAUCCAAAGCCAACAAUGGACCCCCAAAGGGACCUGAUGGUCGGCCAAUGCCUAACGAGUUCAACGCAUAUGACCAUCUCGUAACCAUUCAGGAAGGAGAAUUACUCGAGGGAACUAUUGACAAGAAGACUAUUGGGUCAAGUAUGGGAGGCCUUAUCCACACGUCUUGGUUGGAUGCUGGGCACGAAGAGACAGCACGAUUUAUGAACCAGGUGCAGCAGCUUGUCAAUUAUUGGGUACUCCAGUAUUCUUUCAGCAUUGGUGCUUGCGAUGCCGUUGCAGAUAUUGAUACAAUGCGUGAAAUUGAAUCAACUAUCAACAAGGCGAAGUUGCAAGUGCUUGAUCUUGUCCGACAAGGGCAACGUGGUAAAGACGGCGAACUUGAGAUUCAACCCGGACGAACCAUGAUGGAAUCAUUCGAACAACUUGUAAACAAGGUUCUAAAUACUGCAAGAGAUCAUGCUGGUAAAUCCGCCCAGUCUUCAUUGGACGAAACGAAUUCUGUGAAGGCCAUGGUCACUGCUGGGAGUAAAGGUAGUUUUAUCAACAUUUCCCAGAUUAUUGCGUGUGUUGGUCAACAGAACGUUGAAGGGAAAAGGAUCCCAUAUGGUUUUAAGAAGAGAACUCUUCCUCAUUUCUCUAAGGAUGACUUGGGUCCAGAAUCUCGUGGGUUUGUGGAGAAUAGUUACUUGCGAGGUCUCACACCACAAGAGUUCUUUUUUCACGCCAUGGGAGGACGUGAAGGUUUGAUUGAUACGGCUUGUAAGACCGCCGAAACUGGCUACAUCCAACGGCGAUUGGUGAAGGCGAUGGAAACUGUCAUGGCAAGGUAUGAUGGUACUGUCCGAACAUCAGGAGGUCAAAUUGUUCAAUUUCUCUAUGGAGAGGAUGGUAUGGAUGCAGUGUGGAUCGAGCGCCAGAGCUUCGACUCCUUGACUUUGGCGAAGCAACAGUUUGAGAAGCGCUUUGUCAUCAAUACGAGUGAUGCUGAUUUUGGAUAUGAUGAUCAAAACAUUCCUUUUCUGGACGUCGAUGUUCUAGACGAUUGUCGAAGUGACCCUGAGGUCCAACAGUUGUUGGACAAGGAGGCCGAGACAUUGCGGGAGGAUCAAGCAACUUUGCGUGUUGUCAUGGCAAAUCGGGAAGCUGGUCGUGAGUCUGACGAGUCUUCAUACGCACCAGGAAAUGUACGACGUGUCAUUCAAAAUGCCAUUCGGCAGUUCCGAAUUGACCGCAGCCAACCUUCCGACUUGCAUCCAAAAACGGCCAUACAGAAAGUUAAUGAGCUCAUGGAGCGACUUGUUGUUGUGGUUGGAGACGACCCAUUGUCUGUUGAAGCCCAAACGAAUGCAACAACACUCUAUCGGAUUUUGAUCAGAAGUCUCUUGUCGAGCAAGAGGGUCUUGAAAGAAUUUCGAUUGUCUGAAGCGGCCCUGAACUGGGUCAUUGGGGAGAUCGAAACAAGGUUCAAUGUGGCCAAGGUCAACCCUGGUGAAAUGACUGGUGUCCUAGCAGCGCAAUCUAUUGGUGAACCUGCAACGCAAAUGACCUUGAAUACUUUCCACUAUGCCGGUGUGUCGGCAAAGAAUGUGACAUUAGGUGUCCCUCGUCUGAAGGAAAUCAUAAACGUUGCAAAGUCUCCGAAGACCCCUGGAUUGACUGUGCAUUUACUCGAGGAAGUGAGCGGUGACGAGAAAACUGCCGAACUCGUUGUAACAAUGCUAGAAUACACUGUCCUCAAGGAUAUUGUGAAGCGAACAGAGAUUUACUACGAUCCGAAUGUCAUGACUACGGUAGUGGCAAAGGAUCAAGAAUUGGUGAAGGAUUUCUACGAAUUCGAGCAAAAAACAGAAGAUGAAAUUCGACGAAUGAGUCCUUGGGUUCUGAGAAUUGAGCUUGACAAAGACGCAGUUUAUGUGAAAAAGAUUAAGAUGAAUGAGAUUAGACGGGAGGUUGCCAAUGAGUAUGGAACAGACCUGAAUGUUGAAGUUUCUGAUGACAACGCAGAAGAUGACCUCGUGGUUCGUAUCAGAAUAGUCAACGACGUCCCGUACAGUCAGCCGGGAGAAGAUGAUCCAAUGAAUUCUACUCAAGAUGUUGAAAUGGGGCAAGAAGAUGAUGUCUUCUUGAAGCGACUGGAGAAGUCGCUGCUCAGCAGCCUUAAGCUUCGUGGCGUGGACCAUGUCAAGAAAGUUUUCAUGCGUGGAGGUGCAAAGCAAACCGUUUGGGACAAUGAUAAAGGAUUCCAAACAAAGGAUGAGUGGGUGCUCGAGACUGAUGGCACGAACUUGAUGGGUGUCCUCGGAGUUGAUUUUGUGGAUGCGACACGAACAAUCAGUAAUGACAUUGUUGAAGUUUUUGUCACUCUUGGUAUUGAGGGUGUUCGCGGUGCCUUGUUAAGCGAGUUGAGAAAUGUCAUUAGUUUCGAUGGAUCCUAUGUGAAUUAUCGACACCUUUCCACAUUGGUUGACGUGAUGACAAUGCAGGGUCACCUAAUGGCUAUCGACAGACAUGGAAUCAACAGAGUCGAAUCUGGUCCACUGCUUCGCUGUUCCUUCGAGGAAACUGUUGAUAUGCUUAUGGACGCAGCUGUCUAUGCAGAGGAAGAGGUUCUUAAGGGAGUGACAGAAAAUAUCAUGAUGGGACAACUGGCUCGUGUCGGAACCGGAGACAUGGAUCUACUACUUGAUGAAGACAAAGUGGUUAGAGAAGCUGUCGAGGUUGUAGUUGAUGAUUUCAGUGGUGACAAAGACAACUUGGGAAUGAUCGGUUCUUCCACUGUCGGGGCUGCUACCCCUUAUGCAUCGACACCAUUCGCUAGCAGUCCUAUGGUUGGCGGAGGAGCGGAAGCAUCGCCGUUUGUCGAUGGCAGUGCUGCUUUCAGUCCUGCAGUUGGUGCGGCUAGUUUCUCACCAGCGUACUCUCCAGCGAGUGGAAGUUAUGGCCAAGGGUUUGCAAGUGGAAGCUAUGGCCAGGAUGAUGGAUCGUCAAGCCCAGCUUACUCUCCUACGUCUCCUCAGUACUCCCCAACAAGCCCGGCGUACAGCCCUACCUCUCCAGCAUAUUCUCCGACGUCUCCGGCAUAUUCACCCACGUCUCCGGCAUAUUCUCCAACGUCUCCUGCUUACAGUCCUACCUCCCCGGCAUACAGCCCAACUUCACCUGCCUACAGUCCCACUUCUCCGGCUUACAGUCCUACCUCCCCGGCUUACAGUCCUACCUCCCCGGCUUACAGCCCAACUUCACCUGCCUACAGUCCUACUUCUCCCGCAUACAGUCCUACCUCUCCCGCAUACAGCCCAACUUCGCCCGCAUACAGUCCUACGUCUCCGGCAUACUCCCCGACGUCACCGGCAUAUUCUCCGACAUCUCCGGCAUACAGUCCUACCUCUCCUGCAUACAGCCCAACUUCACCUGCAUACAGCCCAACGUCGCCUGCCUACAGUCCUACUUCUCCCGCUUAUAGUCCUACCUCUCCGGCUUACAGUCCUACCUCUCCUGCAUACAGCCCAACGGGCCCAACUUCUCCUGAGUCCGACGACAGGUAA